AUGACAUUUAAGAGACUAUUCAAUGUCUUUCCAUUGUUUAGGUGCGUGUUUCAUUCUGCUAUUAUCUUUCAGGCUGAAGUGAUUCUUAAAGUAAGUGCAGAGUUCCCGGCUAACAUAACUGCGAACACAAUUGUUCUAGUUUUGAGUUUUAACCUGAAGCUGAGCAAAGAACAGAUUUUAAAGAAGCAAACAAGAAACUUGAAAGAAGAUGGUGGAUCUGAACAUACACUUUGUGCAAAGCUGACAUUUUCACAGGCAUCACAUGCAAACAUCAUAAAGGAAGCUGGAACAGUUAGCAUGACUUUCACAAUACCGAUGUAUAAUGCUUCAAGGCUUCAGGAUAAUUCCUUAUGUGUCCAACCUCUCUCCCUCUCCGGAACAAAAGUGCAAGCACGAUCAUUAAUCUCUACACUUAGAUCAGGGACCACAACUCUUCUGAAUAACCAUAUCACCUAUCAGCCAACUCUCAAGCAGCUUGAUAGUACAGAGGACAAGGGUUCAAGUCUCAGCAACAUAGCUAAGAAAUCUAGUUCCUAUAAUCCAUAUCGAAGGGUGAGAUAUGUCACUCAGGCCAAUUCAUAUGUUGCUCGAAUAUGA